GGCAUUUAAUUUCGUUUCGCAAAAGUACUUAAUUGCAGAAGCUUCUAUUAUAAUUUGAUUUUAAGAAAUUGUGAAUAAAAAUUUGAAAUGCAACGUGUUUUCGGCAAAUUUGCGGUUUUAUUAAUUUCAGUACAGGUGGUGUUCAGUGGUGAAUCUUCUUCCAGAUGCCCUUUAUAUACAUGGCAAUGUAACAAUGGCCAGUGUAUUAAAUCCGAUGAACUUUGUGACGGCAACUACGAUUGUGAUGACAAAUCGGAUGAGACCGUUGAUGAGUGUUUACUUAGACCAUGUCCAAGUUAUGCCUUUCAAUGUGCCUAUGGUGCCUGUAUAACGGGAAACUAUAAGUGUGAUGGCGUUAUCAAUUGUGUCGAUGGUUCGGAUGAGACCGAAUUUUUGUGUAAUAACAAUGUGAACUAUGAAAAGCAACUGCAAGGUAGAUGUGGAUUCCCUUUAAGCAUGGAAUGUAAAUCGGGUGAAUGCAUUAGUAACGAGAGAGUAUGCGAUGGCCGAGAGGAUUGCAUAGAUGGCAGCGAUGAGACUGUUCAAGUGUGCAGCUUCCUUAAGUGUCCAGAGUAUUCAUUUCGCUGUGGUUAUGGAGCCUGCGUUACGGGUUUGUCAGCUUGCGAUGGUUUUAAAGAUUGCAGGGAUGGUUCCGAUGAAAUUGCCAGCAUUUGCUCAAAUAUUACCAUUGCAACGACCACAACCGUUAAACCAGCACCACAAGUACCAACAACUACAACUGUCAGGCCAAGUACUUCUACCACUACUACUAUAAUAACAUCAACUGCCUCGCAUCCGCAAACGACCUUGAAACCUUCUAUUUCCACCACUUAUUGUUCAUCAUCCGUUAUCAUGCGUGGUAUUUCAUCAUUUGCUUCUUGCUAUUACCACGAUCGGUCAGUAAGUUGUAGUCAGGAGGUAAAAGCCGGUACUAUAGCCAAUGUUACCUGUGUUCCCGGUUAUGUUGAGAAACAAAUGAAGAGAAGUUUCUCUACCAUAAAAUGUGAUACGGAUGGUGAAUGGACUCGUUCUAAAAGGAAGUGUAUGCCCGAAUGUGGCACAUUAACAGAGGAACAGCAAGAAAAAGAUACAAAACCCUGGGAUGUGACAAUAUUAAAGCGAGACUAUGUACCCAUCUAUAAUCCCAUUUGUAGUGGCGUUAUUGUUUCACCCAAAAUCGUAUUGUCGGCUGCCAAUUGCUUUCGCAAUCACAAUAGUGCUUACAACACGGAUCAUAUUUAUUAUAAUUUGAUUCAAGGUUACUAUAAUCAGUCUUAUGCUGAAGGAUAUUUUAGUUCAAACGCCGAAGCUCACAACAUUUCCAGUAUUAGUAUCAAAAACAUGCACAGAACUCAAGACUUGGCCGUUCUGGUGGUGGUCAAUUAUUUUCAAUUUUCGCCCAACUUAAAGCCCAUUUGCUUGCCUACGGCUCAAAGUAAUAUAUUUCCCUUCUAUAGUGACGAUAAAUUGAAUAUUGGCCGUCCUGUUACGCGUGAAACUUCCAGAGCCUAUUUGGAGUAUUUAAUUGCCAGUUUGGAACAUAAGAGUAAUGGUCGCAAGAACGUGAAUUAUGUCAACAUUUAUCACUAUAUACCAUUCAUAAAUCGGGAAAUUAAGAAAUACGAUUAUUUACUUUAAGUGAAAGGCCCAGAGAGACAGAGCAUGCUCUCUGUUAAGAUUUCAAUUUUUAAUAUUUAAGACAUUUAUUUAAGUAACUUUUUUUGUUCUUAUUUUUUUUUAUUUCAUUUUUUUUUAGUUUUUCUUUAUAUAAUAAGUUUAAAUUUAAUACUAUUAAUUUAUAACUUACAUAAAAAAUAUAUUUAUAGUAUAUGUAUUGUAUUUGUAUUUAUUGUGAAAUAAAGUGUGAUUUUUGUGUGUGUGUUCUCAUGAUCAAAUGAAAUUUUACAUAAAAAUUACACAAUUAAUCAUUUAUUUAAUCAAUUCAAUUGAAGUUUUAAUAAAAAAAAUUUACAUUAAAAA